CGCACCCUCCUUCCGCCCGGCCCUGCAGACGCUGCUCGCCAGCCGGCGCGUGCAGCCCAAUGACCGCGGACAUGCGGGGCGCCGGGGAAGCAGAGAGCACAGGACCAGGAUCAGAAGAGCAGGUCCCUCUGUAUGAAGAAUUUAUUUACUGUUGUGGAGCUGCUACUCAGGUCUUAAAGUGUGGGCCCUGGAAAGACCUCUUGGAAUCUGAAAGUAAAACUCUCCCCAGGCUCUUGUUUCUGAUUAUUCCAGGUAACCCAGGACUGGCAGGCUAUUACAGGACCUUCAUACGGGCAUUAUACCAUGGACUAAACCGGCGGUACCCAGUUUGGAUUGUGAGCCAUGCUGGGCACUGCAAGCCCCCUAAUGGCAUGGGAAUGACAGAAGACACGGAUAUUAAAGAACUAGAGGAUGUCUUUGGACUUCACGGACAAAUUGAGCACAAGUUGGACUUCCUCAGAAAGAAUGUGCCAAAAGAUAUGAAGCUUGUGCUGAUUGGUCAUUCAAUCGGUUGCUACAUCACCCUUGAAAUGAUGAAGAGGGCAUCAGAACUUCAGGUUGUCCGCUCUGUGCUGCUGUUUCCAACAAUAGAACGCAUGGCUCAGUCUCCACAAGGCAAGCUCCUGACACCUGUGCUGUGCAAGCUUCGGUACAUUCUGUACAUGCCAGUCUACCUGCUGUCAUUUCUUCCGGAAAGAGUCAAAACUUCCAUGGUGCGGUUUGUGCUGCGAGGAUUGAAAUAUCCUGAUGAAGCUUCAGUAGUUACCUCCCUAAAUCUCUUCAGUGUGGAUUGUGUUGCGAAUGUCCUGUAUAUGGCAAGCCAAGAAAUGAUGAAAGUUGUGGAGAGAGACAGUACAACUAUAAAACAAAAUUUAAAGAAGCUGACUUUUUAUUAUGGAGUUGCAGACAACUGGUGCCCACAACAGUAUUUUGAAGAGAUCAAGAUGGAUUUUCCGGAUGGGGACAUUCGGCUCUGUGAGAAGGGAAUCCGCCAUGCUUUUGUCCUAGAUGCCAGCAGAGAGGUGGCGGCCAUGAUCACAGACUGGUUACAAGACAUUCUGACCAGAUUAUAAACAUUCAUUGAAUAAUGACAAGAAAAAAAGUUACCCUUUGGUGAAUGUGUAGUUCUCUGUCAGAGUCUGAUCCUAAUUUUUCUGUGCAUUAUAAAUUAUGACUUGUUUUCUACUGAGAUAUCUUACUGAAGGAUAAAGUCCCACUGACUGGUCUAAAUUAUAGCUCCAUCAGCACAAUAAUAUUGGAUCCCCAUGCUGUACCAGCAGGGCUCUACAAGGCAUUUCAGGGAUUCUAUCAAUUGUAGAGCAGGACUUUACAGCUGAUAGCACUGUCCACAGAAUUGGUAUGAGAACCACCAAGACAUCUCUCUGGACACAUGGCUGGUAAGUGCUAGAAGAGCUAUACGUGAGAGCAGGGAAAGGACAGGCCUACGGUCAGAAGUGUCAAAGUGGAAUGUCUCAGGUUAAAUAGCUACAUCCAUAUUCAUCCAUUUACGUAAGUGGUGUGGUUCUCAGAGGUACUGCACACCCACUGCAGUCAAUGGGAACUGCCGGUGUUCAGCACCUUUGAAAAAUCAAGCCACUGUUGUCAUGUGCCUAAAUAUAGAUUUAAGUCUCUAACUCUAGAGGGAUGCAAGAUUAAAACUUUUGACCCAAAUACAAAAGUUGAAUGAAUUCACAAUAAGAAAAUGACCAACAUUUCUGUCACAACUGGAUGUGCAUAUGAAAUUGCAUGAACCAUUUUAAAACAGAUCCUUAGGUGGGGUAAAUAAGCUCCAUCAGUUUGUCAGUUUGUACCAGCUGAGGAUCUGGUCCUUACUCUAAUACAUUACUGAUAAAUACACAUCAUCCUCAUGCACACUCCGUCACCCUUUUAUUUCACUUCAAUCUAGAUUGCAAAAAAAAUCUGUCGUUUGUGAAAAUGACUCAAAGCUAAGAAUGAAAACUCUGUAGGAAUUGGGAGCAUAAAUUGCCAAAAGAGACAGGUGGAAUUAGGAAAAACGUCCUAACAGUGAGAUUGUGAAAUAAUCUCUCAAAGGAAAAGAUAUAAGCCUAGUCCCCAGAGACACUUAAAAAUAGAAAAAGCACUGGAUAAUAUAGUGUAAGGAGCAAUCCUUCCCUGGCAGAGAGAUAGCUGACCUAAUAUUUCUUUUACUUCUCUGACUUGUAUGAUCCACUAAGAAUUUAAAUAAGGCACUAGGGGAGAUGAUAGGGAAGUCCUGUAUGAUGCAGGAGGUCAGACUGGAUAACCCAAGAAUUCUCUUCUUGCUGUUCCUUUAUAUGAUUACACCCACAGUCAUUUCUGUUUAAGUUCCUUUGUUACUUUCUGGUUUUUAAAAGCAAACUGUAGCAGAAUCCAGUUUCCAUUUUUUUGUGGACUUGUCUUCAGAACUCCAGGGUUGUAUAACAGCUGGUACACCAAUGAAUUUAUGGAUGAUGUUUGUGAAUAAUGUUAAUGAAACAGAAGAUGAUGCUUAAGGCUGAAAUGUUAGACAAUCUGUAGUGGCAUAAGCUGAAUGUGUGUGAGGCAAUUGUCCCAGACUGUUCUGUGAAACUAAGAUGGUUAUUACAAGCUCAUAGAAGCCGCCUUCCCUCAGCAGGACCACAGUGGCACAAUAGAAUAUAUGUUGUUGCCUUAUAUGGUCAUAACAACUGCAACACCAAAAAUCACUGUGCUCUGUUUUGAAAUCUACAGUUAUAUGUGUAGUCAAACAGCCCCCAGAUGCUGAUAAUGCAGUCAUUUUAGAUGUUCUUUCUGCUGCAGCUUCUGAACCCAUGUUCUAGCAUAAAUACUCCGUGUGCAGGGUGAAGCAUAUAUAUGUAUGUUAGCAACAAAUGUCAGCAUUGAGUUCAGCAGAUUCUUCUGUAAUUACGUGUUGAUGUGGUUGAAUAAAUUGUUCGUUCCUUGCAGCAUAUUGAAUUGAAUAGCUGGGUAUGGAAUCAGUUUGUAAACAUUCAGCUAUUUUAAGUGGCCCUUCCAGAAGUAGAAAAUCUUGCCAUAACAACAGACUACAAGCAACCACUGAAGCCUGGAAACUGAAAACCUAUGGUGUACUCUUGUACACAGUGUAUUAUUCAUAUACAGAAGAUGAGGAACUGACUUCACAAUACAUGAACUUUAGGUAUUCUUGUUAAACGAUGAUCGUAAAUCCCACUGAAUGCACUGAGACCUAUCAUGUGGGUAGAGAUGGUCAGUAACAGCCAGAUCUGCUGCUGAAUAAUCCCUUGUGACUUUAUUAAAUCUGUUUGCUCCAAAGCUAAUGAGAAUUUUAUGAAUCAAUCAAUUCCUUCCUCUUGGGAGCUGAUUCCACAUGGCUGAAAUCUGGAAGUACGCUACUCUGCUCAGUGCUAACAAGAAGGGGCCUAGUUUUCAGAAGUGCUGACCCCCCUCUCCCCCCCGCCCCUCUUGUUGAAGCCAAUGGGAACUAAUCAGCACCUCUGAAAAUCAAGCUUAUGUGUUGUGCUGACUGAUCUGAUCUGCAGUAUGAGAAAUAUUAUUCUUUUCACGCUGAGAGCAGCAGGCUUUUCUCUAGGAAAAUCCAACUCCUCUGGUGCUUAGAGGUUAGCCAAGAUCCGAGGCACAGAACUUCAAAAGAGAGCAUGGGUCAAACAUGCCUGUUUACUGUAAGAAUACAGUAAAACCUUGCUAAUUUGCAGUAAUGACUGGUGACUGAUUGUAAAUGAAUUAAUUUUGUGAAUUAGGCCGUGAUCCAGUCAAGCACUAAAGCUCAAGUUUAACUCGUGAAUAGCCCCAUUAACUUCAAUAGGACUUCAGCUGAUGUUUAAAUGCUUUGUUGAGUAAGUAUGAAAUGUUGCAUAUCUAAAGAGAAACAUAAGGUAAGUGUUUUGCUCAACUGCGGCCUUUUGGAGAAAGUGAGCAAACAGUCAGAAAAGUACAAACAUUUCUAGCAAAACGUACUUGCCUGUGUUUUGACAUCAGAUAUUUGGUUUUAAUUAUUCUGCUUCAUACUCUAGUGCCUGCAGAAUUUUCAAAAACUACUACCUCACUUAGGAGCCGAAUUCCCAUUUUCAAAAGUGACUUAGGCACAUAGGAGCCUACAUCUCAGUGAAAGUAAAUGGAUUUAAGCUCCUGAAUCACCUAGACUAUUUAAUCUUUGCUGCUGACGGCACCUCUUUGUAUGUGUUAUAGUGAGAUUCAGCUAUAUGGGAGAAGUUUGCCUGAUAUGUGUACAGCAGUGAUAGUGGAGAUUUUGCACUGAGACAUGAAGCUAAACAGGGAGGACAGUUAGGUACACACACAGCAGAAUCUGUGCUCUGCAGUUGUUCACAUUUACAUAUUUAAUCUUUUAGUGAAUCAGUUCAUAUUUGCAUCUUUUCUUCAUCCCCUCUUCCACCACGCAACCCCCGAAGCCUAGCUAGCCCACGAACACUCUGAACAAGAGACAAAGUUUUAUUGUUAGCACAGUUGCUCAAAACAUUAUUGGAUUUGUGUAAACCUGCUGGAUCCAGGAGACUGUCAUGUUACUCUCUGUGUCACAGGUCACCCUCAGGCUCACAAUUACAGUGAGGUUCUGCAUCUCUUCGCUCGCAGCAAAACGUUCUCUUUCUCAGCGUUUAGACAAAAUAAGAAUCCAGAGAGAGUUUGCGAGUGACCAGGCACCAUUACAGCAGUAUAUAUUGCUAGAACAACUGAUGGGAUUUUAGUAAAAGCAAAAACUGUAGCGGCAGUAAAUACAAUCCGGUUGCCAGAAGUGAUUGUUGCUCAAGGCGGCAUCACGCAGAAGUUAUGAAACAGGACAGUUCUCAAGCCCAAGUGGGACAGAGGCAGAAAAAGCCACUGCCUUUGCCUUGAGAGAGCCUCAAUUAGAGAUUAUUUUCAAGUGUUCAAGCUGAUGCUAAGUGAACUGGAUUUUUCCAUUUCGUAUAUUGCACAAAAGUACUUGCAAGAAAAUAAUUGUGCUGCGGUUUCCUACCAGUUU